AUGGCUAUCGGCUCCAAGAUUAUCAAGCCCGGCGGCGCGGACCCCGAUGAUUUCGAGAAGUCGAUUGCCCAGGCACUGGUUGAGCUAGAAGCCAACAGCGACCUGAAGCCCUACCUGCGUGAUCUGCACAUCACCCGUGCGCGCGAGAUUGAGUUUGGUAGCAAGAAGGCCGUCAUCAUCUACGUGCCCAUUCCACAGCAGAAGGUGUUCCAGAAGAUCCAGAUCAUCCUGGUUCGCGAGUUGGAGAAGAAGUUCUCCGGCAAGCACGUCGUGGUCAUUGGAGAGCGCAAGAUUCUGCCCAAGCCCACCCGCAAGGCGCGCAACCCCCUGAAACAGAAGCGUCCACGCUCCCGUACCCUGACCGCUGUGUACGAUGCCAUUCUGGAGGAUCUGGUCUUCCCUGCCGAGAUCGUUGGCAAGCGCAUCCGCGUCAAGCUGGACGGCUCCCAGCUGGUUAAGGUGCACCUGGACAAGAACCAACAGACCACAAUCGAACACAAAGUUGAUACCUUCACAUCGGUCUACAAGAAGCUGACUGGCCGCGAUGUUACCUUCGAAUUCCCCGACAACUACCUGAAUGUCUAGAGUGUGUUCGUCGCCGUCGCGCUGGUUCGGUUCAUCUAAAAGUCGCAGCAAUGCAAUUCUGUCGUACAGAAUAUGAAUUUUUUACAUGAGCUGGAUAACGUAACGUGAAAUAAAUAAAACAUUAAACAUUUUUAAAACUUAGCAAAUCGCAA